ACUUUUUCUAAAAUAGAAAAUCAGAAGGACUCGUAAAAGUAGAAUUUUGACAUUGAAUACCUAAAUAACUUCGCUGUCGGUUCACAAAGAACGAAUGAAAUUCUGAUAGCGCAGACUAAAUAUCGACCGCGAGCAAGUUCGCACUAAUGCGUUUCAAUGCUUGUUGGAUACGAUGAAAUUCUCGAUUCGUUAAAAUGUCGUUUAUGCAUUUAUAGAAAAUUUAAAGUUGCAAAAAUGUAGAAAUAUCCAAGGUAGGAUAAUAUAAUGAAUCAGACAACUGAAUUUCAUUUCCUUAUUUAUAUUCAGAAACAGCAGAAUUUGCAUAAAUAUCCGCGAUCCAUUUACGUACUUCGAUCCAACAUUCUGAAAUGUUUGUCGUACUGCAAAUCGCAUUCGUAAGCGCUCACUGCCUUCUAGCGUUGGUGCGUCAGAGGGAAAAGAACGCAUGGCGAAAAGGGGUUAAUAAUAAAAAGGUUAAUAAAGGUAUACUAAUGAUUUACCGAAAAAUGAGAUAAAGACGCUAGUAAUAGUGCAAAAACAUCAAUUUUAUCUCAUCUUUAUUCGCGUUAUCUGGUCGCGCCGAUGGCCCAGAUCAAUAAAUCGAAACGCAACGUGUUCCCCUGCGAACACUUAUCUGUGGAUACAACAGGCGUGUGCACGUUUCAGACGUCUGAGAACACUUGGGACAAAAAGAGAUACGUCUGGAACGAUAUUGUUUCUUUAGUCACGAAUAAUUUGGAAAGCCGGUUUCUUUCGGUGUAAAAUGUUAUAUUAUAAGGAAUUACUGUUACCUUGGACUCGCGAAUUUUAACUAUAACUUGUUCAAAUGGAAGAUUUUUCAAUUUAGUUAAUAUCUAAUUAUUUAUAUUUAAAUUGUAUCGAUAUUUAAUUUACUUAAUAUUUUUAAAUUUAAGUCUUCCAGUUCAGCGGAUUGUAAUUCUAAUUUCUGAAUCCACCGUAUUAACAACAGUUUCCAAUAAUUUAAUUACCAAAGUUUAUCGAUUACCGAAAUUCAGAUUACUAAAGUUUAUCGACCACGAAAUUCAUGGAAUGAUUUUAACAGCUUCGACAAACAAAAUAACGAAUAUUGACUUAUUAGGAAAAAUACAUAGCCUGAAAUUCUCAGAUCUUAACAACACAUAUUUAGGUAUUUGUUUUUGUUUCUUCCGCAAAAAAUAAAUACAUAUUAAUGCACAACUUGGCAAGAAUUCUCCUAGCUUUUCUUUGUGCUGUAUGUUGAUAUAUUUUUUGCCGAAAAGAUUCGCGAUCGAACGUCUACAAUUCCAAAAUGUGAACUUUCAUGGCUAUCAAAAUCACGUCACUCGCAAACACCGGUGGUCAACGGUAAAAAGGUGUUAAUUUAUGUUUAAAUAUCGUACGAUUUCGAUUGCACCCACAAAAACUUGUUUAUCAGCUUUGUGGCGUAAAAACAGUUGAGAGACGAUUACAUCGAUCCUCUAGAGCCAAAACGUUGAUUCGAGAAAUAGGCGAGAGAAUAUGUCGAGACAGACGGGCAGGCCUUCGACUGUUUUUCACGAUCAUCGGCCAAAAUUUUCGAGUGACCCCGUUACUCGCACGGUCUUUUCAGAUUCACGGAAGAGGGCAAGGUUAAUUGGUCAACGAGUACAUGAGCAACUCUGUAUCUACUAGAAUUUCCUAAACCAAAUCUAGGAAAUGAAAUAUAUAUAAUAUAUAUAAUAUAAUAUGUAUAAGUCGUUUUUUAGAUCUUUUCACAUUCGCGGAAAUUAACCCUUUUUUUAGCCUGAAUUGAUGCUUUUAAAUAAGAACAGUAUUUCGUUUUAAAAUUUCGUAGUAAAAAAAUAUUAGACAUAUGAGAAUGUAAGAAGUUUGAAAUAAUUCCAAUUGGCAUAAUAUCGAACGUUCAGUGCCACAAUAUGAAUUAUAAACGCUAUAAACAAGUUGUAAACACUGGCUGUCAAUUUUUUAAGGAAUUUACGUUAAAUAUGUGCACGAUAUUCCUGGUUAUUAUCACUGAAGUGGAUAUGUAUUAUCAGGAAAUUAAAUCUAACAUUAGUUAUGUUAAGGCAUCGUUAUCAUAAAAAUAUAAAUAUUCGCUUUUCAUUUUCGGUAAGAACCUGGUAUUAUUUCAAAUUUUUCAUAUUUUUGCGAUUAGAAUUGGAACAUGAAAUACGAGAAAGAUAAAAAUACGAAAAAUUCAGGUAACAACUAUCCUAGAAAAUUAAUGAGAAACAGAAGUUGAAUGUGAAUAUUUUCGCAUAAAUUGAGUUUUUAUUUAUUGCAUUCGAACAAAGAAACGUUAAAGUACUUCUAAAAUUUUUAUCUACGUACGCAUGUAUAUAGAUAAUGUUUGCAUUUUUAUCUAUACUUUACAAAAUAUCAUAGAAAACCCUUGCUAAUUCUAAUAUUAAAUAAUAAUUUUAUUAAACUCUAUAUUUUAACUAAACUCAAACUUUAUUAAAAAAGAUACUCCUCGUUGUAAAUCUCUAAAAUUUCUAUAGAAAUUAAAAUUACAAGUUGACCAUUUUGAUCGUUCUCCUAGUUCCAAUACUAAAACAAUAAACCUAUGAAUUAAACUCUGUAUUAAAUAAUAAUAAACUUUCUCUUUCCCUCUCCCCCCUCGGUUCCUAAAUCAACGAAUUGCACUGUGAUUUUCGCAAUCCAAAUUGGCGCUUCACCUCCCAGGUGAUUUCAGUAACAGACCUUCGUCAUUAUCACCGUCUGUGAAUAAAAAGCCGGCCGUUUACUUGACUUUGUGUCGCCUGUCGGAGUCGAAUCGAUUUAUCGGUCUUAACCUUGGCCAUUCGACGUCGCGUUCUCGCGUAGAGAGGAUAGGAGAGCUGGUAGCGCGUGAUCGCGAGAAAUGCCGGGAUUAUUGACAGUGUUCUCGUGUCGUUUAGUCGAAAACUGACUAAGCAAAUUUGUGCGCGCGUGUAUUUACUGGUACCGGCAUCGGGUUCUGGGUCGAAUCGAUUGACGUAAAUCGGGUCAGUUGUAAUUGACAGAACGCAAGUUUAGUGAUAGAAACGUAAUGGAUUUAUGAGGUAUCUAUGAGAAGAAAAUCAUAAUGUUGAGGAUUGGAUCUCUACUGACCAUGCUGGUCUUCAUGACCAUCAUGAAGAUCGUCGUCUCGAAUCGUUGUUUGGUAACGCGCGAAGAAGUCAAUCCAAAGAGAUUGAUUCACAUGGAUGGACAACCAUUGAAUCUUAACUUUGAAGUGUCUGAAAGAGUCACCCACAGGUUGGCCACCAUAAUCAUGAAAAUUUUCUUGACCGAGGUGCUUGGCUAUUCGGGAGUGUCUAUCUUUGAAGUGGAAGACAAAUUCAUGCCGAAUGACACUUUCGAUAGAUUGUCUGGCGAUAUAACGUUCAAUAAUCCGGAACUAGUUCCAAUGGUGAACAUGGAGGUCUGGAUUCCGACACAUCUGGACACGAUGUCGUUGCAAAAUUCUCUCGACGUGAAGGAAUGCGGAUCCAUUGCUCCGCCGGGUCAUUUCGGCUGGUUCGUUCCCGUUGCGUUAUCGAGACCUGGCGACAGUUGGAUAAUCUUCACUAAACGUGAAACAGCCGCACGUUUCGAUGUGGACGAGUUCACGUUGGACAACAUUCGAAAUUUCACCAUAAAUCCAGCCACCAAGGCUGACUACUGCCAGCAAUCGUUUUGUCAAGAUGGCUUGUACAUUCCCGAGUGGUGUCAGGGGAAACCAUGCGCUCUAUUAUUGACUAGUUACGGCAACAUUACUGACUUUGUCAAGGAUCACAUCGACCAGUUGAAGUUAUACGUCAAAGUGGCCUGGGUGGGGCCGAACUUGAAAUACGUGACUGAGACUUUGACCAAGGAGCUGUUGUUUAUACGAAAUUUAACCCAUGAUAGGUCUCUGGUCUUUUUGCAUUGGACGCCAAGCAGCGUGGUACCAAACGAGAGGGACUUUGUCACUGUCGAAUUCGGCCGUUGUGGCACGACGAAAUUAGAAAUCGAAUGCAAAUACGAAUCCAACAGGUUAACCAAGCUAGUCUGGAGUAAACUCGAGUACGCCGCGAAAUUGGCAUUCGAAGCGAUUAGUCACGCGAAAUUCACACGGGAAAUGUACGAAGAUCUGAUUUAUCGCCACAAUAAUUUUUCUGAAACUGUCCACGAAGAACAAAUCGCGUGCGACUGGUUGAAGGACAAUCUGAACUAUACUCUCAAAGAAUGGAUGCCGAAUACCGCCGACAAGAAUAUUCUAUACGUUGGUGGGAUAUUUCCUAUGAACGAAGCUUUCUAUUCAGGGAAAUCGAUAUUAAUCGCAGCCAGAAUGGCGAAGGAGGCGAUCAAUAUGAACAAUACGGUCCUUACAAAUUAUGAUUUUAAAAUGUUAGCUAGCGAUGGUCAAUGUAAGUCGGAUAUGGUAAUGAGAUCGUUCAUCGAUUACAUAGUGCUCAAUCAAUAUGAUAAGCUAAUUGGUGUCUUGGGACCCGCUUGUUCGGAAACGGUCGAACCUUUGGUUGGUGUCUCGAAGCAUUACAGAACAGCGAUCAUCAGUUAUAGCGCUGAAGGAUCGAGCUUUAACGAUCGUACCAAAUAUCCUUACUUCUUUCGGACUAUCGGCGAGAACAAGCAGUAUAAGCACGUUUAUUUGCAACUGUUGAAGAAACUGGGCUGGAAGAGAGUAGCUUCGUUGACGGAGGAUGGACAGAAGUAUACGGAGUAUAUUUCUUAUAUGCAAGAUAUACUUAGGGACAAUGGAAUUGCAUUUGUGGCGAAUGCAAAGUUUCCAAGGGAACGGGAGGCAGUUGUGAUGACUAAGUAUUUGCAAGAUCUGAAGCAGAAGAAGGCAAAGAUCAUCAUCGCCGAUGUUUAUGAUCAAGUGGCCAGACAAGUAAUGUGCGAAGCGUACAGAUUAGAGAUGACAGCUGUCCAGGGUUACGUGUGGUUUCUGCCUCUUUGGCUUCGACCAGAAUGGUACGAUACGGACCGAUUCAAUAAGGAGAACGAAGAACAAGUGCCUUGUACUUCGGCACAAAUGUUUAAAGCGAUAAACGGCUAUCUUGGUCUCUCUCAUGCAUAUUUUGCUCCUGACAAUGAAAUUAUGCAGGAAGGAAUAACGGUGCGCCAGUGGCGCGAUAAUUACGAGAAGUCUUGUCUUAGUCAGCAACAACCACCAUCAAAUUACGCUGGUUUCGCGUACGAUGCCAUGUGGACGUACGCUUACGCAAUGGAUCGGCUUCUCCGCGAAAAUCAAAGUUACGUUUUUGACCUCCAUAGCGAGCAGACUAUCAAUCGGAUGACGGAUAUCAUCGGUGAAACGGAUUUCUAUGGGGUGUCUGGAAGAAUCAAAUUCUUCGGCGGUCCUUCGAGAUACUCUGUCAUCAAUAUCGUUCAGUUCGUCAAUAACAAAACUAAUCUGGUCGGUAACUUCUAUCCUAACGUAUCAGAGACAAAGCACGAAGUCGUGGGUGGUACGUUAGACUUAAACGUCUCAGCUCUGGUUUGGUUAUCAAAUAGUAUGCCAGAUGAUGGCUCGGAACCACCUCAACGAUGCGUCAUCGCGGGCUUUGCAGAUUUCGUGAACGUAUCGUGCGAAGUCGCGUUUGUGAUCGUCAAUUUCCUUGGAUUUGGUUUACUGGGGAUACUGGUGAUCAUUGGUUUCAUUGUCAUCAAGAGAAGGUACGAAAAGAAAGUGCGUCUGCACGAAAAAUACAUCCAGUCUCUAGGUCUAGACUUUGCUCACGCGGACACGUCCGACUUAGAUAAAUGGGAGAUACCUCGGGACAGGGUGGUUAUCAAUCGAAAAUUGGGCGAGGGUGCGUUUGGAACGGUUUAUGGUGGUGAGGCGUUAUUCCCAGAAAAAGGCUGGCUGGCCGUGGCUGUAAAAACUCUAAAACUCGGAAGCUCUACCGAAGAGAAGUUAGACUUCCUCAGCGAGGUGGAAGUAAUGAAAAGAUUCGAGCAUAAGAACAUAAUCAAACUAUUGGGCGUAUGCAUUAAGAGUGAGCCGGUCUUAACCGUUAUGGAGUUCAUGCUUUAUGGCGAUCUAAAGACGUAUCUUCUCGCCAGAAGACACCUCGUGAACGAUCAGAAUUACGAAGACUCGGAUGAGAUUUCUAAUAAAAAGCUAACUGCGAUGGCGCUAGACGUGGGUAGGGCUCUCAGUUAUUUGGCUCAAUUGAAGUAUGUUCACAGAGACAUUGCCUCUCGUAAUUGCUUGGUAAAUGCUCAACGCAUCGUCAAACUUGGCGACUUCGGCAUGACGAGACCUAUGUACGAGAACGACUAUUACAAGUUUAAUCGAAGAGGCAUGCUGCCAGUAAGAUGGAUGGCACCAGAGUCCCUGGGCCUUGGAAUCUUCACACCAUCUUCGGACGUUUGGUCCUAUGGCGUCCUCCUUUACGAAAUCAUUACCUUUGGUAGCUUCCCCUUCCAAGGGAUGAGCAACAACGAGGUACUUACUCACGUCAAGAAUGGGAACUCGUUGAGAGUUCCGAAAGGAGUCAAAUUACAAUUAGAAAAUUUGAUGUACUCUUGCUGGAGAACGGACCACACAAAGAGGCCAACAGCUCCAGAAAUCGUCGACUUUCUAGCAACGAAUCCUCGAAUUCUAUCACCGUGUUUAGACGUUCCUUUGGCCAGCGUGCAAAUCGAGCACACUGGACAACUAGAGAUACAGUUAAACGAGAACAUCAGAAAGUUUUCGUUAUCCUGGCCACCUGAGAACUUUACGACUCGAUCAUCCACGUCGACAUCCAGUCCCGUGGCUAUAUCCAGUCCUCCUUUGUUGGACAUCAAUGUUCACGACGACAAACAAAAUCAAGACUCGUUAUUAGGCACUGGACUCUCCGAUGUAGAGAGUAGCAGGCCUCUGUUGUCGAAUUCCGACGAGUCUUCGUCGGGUCCGCCGAUGAUUUUACAAAAUUUCAAACGAAAGGACGAACCCGCGCACAGGUACGUCAACAUUCAGCCAGGAAUGUCGAACAGUCUCGAUCAUAAAAACGGCGGCAAUAUUCAAGCGGAGGAGAGAGUAGCUAUGCUGUCAGAGAAUAGGAAAUCGGAGCACGUGUCGAUUCUUUGACAGGAAAGGAAGCACGCGAUUUCACGACAGAAAUCGAUGAUUCACUUCUAUAGGCGCGCCGAGGGCGUACUCGGAAAAUAUGCGAAAAUAUCGUAUAGGAAAACGAGCGUGUAAAUCGGUUCGUGGCCAUUGUUGUUUGAAUCGAAACAUGUGUGUGCUUCCGAACGAACAGUAUGGUUCUCGCGAUGGUGAAUGUGUGGUUUAUUCGAAACUUAUUUUAGAGUCGGAGAGAUGCGCAAUUGUAUAGGUCGUUUGAUUCACUGAAAACUACAAUUCUGCCGAUUUAGUUAUGGUGUAUGAAAUAUACCGUAGGUUCCAGUUACGAAGAUGAGAAACGAUCAGUUGCAGCAAGCGAAAAUACCGGUAUGAUCCUUUGGUGGACAACUAUUUUCGCUCAAUCUACAUUUGAGACUGAUGUAAUAGAAAAAUUAAGUUACCGAACAGUUAACGCGACAAUGCCGAGGAUUUCUGAAAAGAUCGAAACAUGGUUACCUGUAUUCGCACAUAUAUUCGUAAAAAAUUGAAAGUAAGCUCCUAGAAUAUCUCUAUUUGCUUCCACAGUAAAGAUAUUUUAAUAAUCGAAUAUAACAUCGAGCGGAGUAUUUCAUUAUUGGAAGUAGAAAUUUCCAUUGUUUUCGCUCCGAGUAAGAAAUAAAGGAAAAAAGCAAAAAGCUGCUUCGGUUGGAUACGUUGUAUUUAAUGAUAAUCGAAAGGAGAACGACAGAUAAACGGAUACAGUAUCGUAUUUGCGUAAAGUGUUUCGUAAGCAGCAUUUCCCUGUCCAAAUAUUCUCGAUACUCGAGAUAUGUAGGACUUUGUACGAUUUCCUUCGAAACAGACUGCAUAUCUUUCCAAGCAAUCGUAUCGACGUUUAGAUACCUCGUGACGAAGUUGGCGCAUUUUUUGAGGACAAAACCGAAGAAAAACAGAGCAAUAUUUUACACGAUAGAACAUUAAGCGUUCACGCAUGCAACCAUGACAUUUAUAUAAAAAGAAAAACGUAUUUUUUCUUCUUUAUGCGAACACGUUCGAGAAGACAGAAGUUCGUGAAAAGAAUAAUACGAAAUUAAAAGAAGAAAACAAGGAAAAGGGUCCGGUAUGUCCCUUUGCGUUCCAAGUAUACAUAUAUAUUUUUUGACCUAUCUUUUAUGCAAUAUAUUCGUCGAUUAGAGUCGAGAAAAGUGACUGUAGUAUAAUAACUCGAUACUAUGAAUAACACUCGAUCCUCGCUAGGAAAGCAAGUGGAAUAGUUACUAUUAUUAUAUACAUGGUAUUACAAUUAGUAAAACUAUUUAUUGACUUAAGCCAAGAUACUUUGAUCGAGACUUCAUUUUUUGUAAAAUAUAUUUCAUAUAUACAUAUAUUGAAUUCCUCUGAUCGCGUGCUUCAUCUUGUCGAAGCAAUUUAUUUUAGUAAAUAACGCGAUUAGCGUUAUAAAAUAACGUAGCUCGAGACGGGUGAAAAUUCCUGUUACUUAGGUGCAAUAACAUUAAACGUCUUGUAGAAACAAGUUGUUAGAAAUAUAUGUUAAUAUUAUAUUGAUACGAUCGAUUACGCGUAUGGUUGACAAAUGAAAGACGAAAGUUUUAACAAAAACGCAAAACAAUUGACACUGAGAUGUCAUAAGAAUUCUCUAAGACCUCAUCGCAAUUUUCAAGAGAAAUUUUAAUUGAAUCUUCUUAAAAAUAUCUUAUUGAUCAUCCUAACGUGCACAGACGUAUACAGGUUGCUUGAAUUUUAAUAAAGUUCGACCAAAAAUGAUAUUAUCCUUUGUUACACGUUGUUACACCACGGUGUGUAGGAUAUUUCUUUAUUAACGAAAUAUUAUAUUUAUUUUUGUAUUUAUUAGAAAGUUCGUCGUCAUGUCCGUUCUUCGAUUACCUUAGGUUAGUCGAAAGAUCAUACUAUAUUUUUUAGUUUUGAUAUCGACCACUUUUUAACAGCAUUUUUGCUUUCUUACAUAUCCAAAGAAUAUGUUCCUAACGCUUAAAUUCGACUAGAAUCCAGAUAUCAUGCGAUAGUACAUAAAUGUUAUAAACCUAUAUCAUCAAGUUGAAUUCUGUUACCAGAAAUGACUGAAGAAAUCAACAUAUAAAGUAUUUUUAAUCUUUCACUCUAAUUCCAAUUUUUAGCUGCUUCGUAUUGUCCAUUUCAUCGAGUCAUAAGAUUCUUAUACUACGCACGAAAUUUUUUAUUAUUCGUUCAUAUAUCCAGUUUUCGCCUGUAUCAAAAUGUUGACGGAAAAAGGAAAAAAAGAAUCAAUCACGUUGCAUGUUACAUCGUUACAUCACGUCGAACACGCUUAUCAUAGUACUUAGUGAUGAUAAAUUUCUCUUCUAUUUUUUUUUCUCUUUUUUUAUAUCGGGUAUAGAUUACACGAUUAUAUAAUUAUUAUAACGGAACGCUCGUUUUGACGGAAGUUGCAGGGCUUUUGUUCUACGUCAUAGAGCAUAGUAGAAGAACAAAAUAAAAACUGCAAACUUUUCAGUCCGUAUACACGAAGCAAGUGCCUCGGGUUUGGAAAGUGCAAUCCUUCCUAAAUAGCUUUACACGAGAGAAAUUGUUUACUAUAAUAAAAUUAUCACGAUGUUAUUUAUUCUCGAAUUGUAUAGUUGUAAUUUUAUAUUCGUUGCAAACGAUGAAAGUACUAUUCUGUACAGAUGCUGUUAUUCCUUGAGAAAAUAUUUAUUAUGCCUUCUUGAAUUAAAUUAUAUAGAAAACGA